AUGCCAGUAUCGCUACCGUCAUCAGCAAUAGCGGUAGCAGCAUCACCACCUCCACCGGUAGCAAAGACGGUAGCUUGUAAUAAUAUUAGUAGUAGUAGAAUAGUGUGGUAAUGUCGUAAUAGUAGUAGUAGCAGCAGCAUCGACAUCAGCAGUAUCAGCAGCGUGCUACGUCGGGUUUACUUGGCGCGUAACUUUUUUCUCGUUUUAUGAAAAAAAAAUUCUCUCUGUUUCUAUUUUCAUUUUUUCUCUGUCCGUCUCUCUCUCUCUUUCUUUCUCUUCAUUUCUUUUUCUUUCACCAACACAUACAUAUCUUUGCAAAGAGAGAUUUAUCUUUAGCGAUCGCGGAACGUGCGUUGAUAAUUCGAAGAAAAGAAAAUAAAAAAAAAAAAUAAAUAAAUAAAUAAAUAAAUAAAUAAAAAAGAAAGAUAAAAAAAUUAAAAAAAAGAGAUUUCCAUUCCGAUUAGAAACGUUAUAUAGGAGAUAUAUAUUUCGUUGAUUCGCGGUGUUGGUCGCGGCGCUUUUCGCGGUCCUUGUGCCAAAGAGGGCAAGAAGGGUCAUCUUAAGCGGCGUUUAAUCGAUAGACGAGACGCGAGGAACGUCGAUCGCAGCGCUCGCCUGUGAAACAAGUGGCAGAGGAGGAGGCACCAGUCGAGCGUCGUCGUCCUCGUCGUCGCUAGUCGGCUCUCGAAGGAUCCGAAGAAGAAGAAGAAGAAGAAGAAGAGGAGGAGGAGGAGGAAGAAGAAGAGGAAGAAGAAGAGGAAGAACAAGAAGAAGAAGAGGAAGAAGAAAACGAAGAAGAUAAGACAUUGAACAAACAGGGAAAUUCGUUUGAAUUUUUUGAAAGGAGUCAUUAUAAAGGAAUCAUCAUUGUCCUUGAGAGAAAAAAUUUUGUCUAUAGUUAAAAAUAAUAUCUCAUAUAGAGAUUUUCGAAAAGGAUCUCCGAUCGUCAUCUUUUAUUCGUCGUAGACGAAAACGACGAAAUGCAGUUGAUCGUGGCGCCGGUCCCGCUCUUUUCUCGGACGUACGGUGACUGCUACGCUUGAACGAGAAGAGAUGAUGACCGGGUGGCUCGUAGCGAGGGAGUCGAGGGUGGAAGAUCGACGGAGGGACGGAUGAAGCGGACGAGGCGUAACGUCGUCGCGGAGGAGGAGGACGAAUCAGAGGAGGAAGAGGAGGAAGAAGAAGAAGAAGAAAUCAAAGAGCGAGAGGGAGAAGAGGUAGCGAGGGAGCGGCGGUGGAGGAGGGGUAGGGGAGGAGGAGGAGGAGGAGGAGGGGUAGGGGUAGGGGUAGGAGAAGCAGAGGGGUCGUUUGAGUUUUCUCGGUCAUCGUCGUUGUCGUUGUCGUUGUCGUUGUUGUCGUCGUCGUCGUCGUCGUCGUCCUCGUCGUCGUCGUCGUCGUCGCCAUCAUCGUCGUCGUCGUCGUCGUAGUCGAAUCUGUCUGUCAGCGUUGACGUACUCGGCCGAUGUUAAACGACAAGAGGUUCGAGAACGACGCACUGGCGGCGGAGAGCGAGCGCCGUAGCAAUGGGAGCGCCGUGGUCCCAUCAGGCCCGGUGGUGUUGUUGUCGUCGUCGUCGUCGUCGUCGUACGCGAUACCAAGCUAUGGAAUCGCAAGCAUUGCCGGUAACGAUCAAGGAUUCACGUUCGAGGGCGUCGGUACGAGGACGACAAUGACAACGAUGACGACGACGACGACGGCGACGAGUUUACGCCGCGCAGCUACCGCGGCGGUAGGUGGCGGAGGGUUCUGCACCGGAAGUCAGGCCCCGUCGGCGGUCGGAGCCGUCGUAGUCAUGGGUGCUGGCACCGGUUGCACGACUGGCGAACGUACGAGUAGCAGUACAGGCUAUCCGAAGGAGGUCCGAUACGCGCUGACGAGCGUGACUACGGCUCUCUCGCCGGCUAUUCCGUCGGCCCUUCCGUCGGUUCUUCCGUCGGCUCUAACAUCGGUUGUACCGUCGGCUAUUCCGUCGGCAGUCCCGUCGGUCGUCGGCGGGCCAACGCCGACGAUCUCGGUCCCGCCACCGGCCACGCCGCCGGCCACUGCCGGUGGGGCUCUCGUUCAAACGGGACAAGCCUCGAUACUACAACAACACCAGCAACAACAACAGCAACAACAACAACAGCAGCAGAUUCAGGCCCAGCUACAACAAACGUCGGUGCCGCCGCCACCACCGCCACCACCGCCCCUGCCGCUGCAGAUGCAGCAGCAGCGUGCCUUCUCGAGGUCUAUGACGUCUCUACCGCCGGAACCGUUCAUGAUAAUGCGUUCGAAGGCCCUAAAUCGACGGGUCUCGAUCAACGUCGGUGGCGUCAAACACGAAGUAUUAUGGCGUACCCUCGAGAGGUUACCGCACACCCGGCUCGGACGUCUUCGCGAUUGUAAUACCCACGAGGCGAUCACCGAACUCUGCGACGACUAUUCCCUCAUCGACAACGAGUACUUCUUCGAUCGGCAUCCAAAAUCAUUUAGCUCGAUCCUCAAUUUUUAUCGUACCGGAAAGCUUCAUCUCGUAGACGAGAUGUGCGUCUUAGCGUUCAGCGACGAUCUCGAGUAUUGGGGCGUCGAUGAGCUCUACUUGGAAAGUUGCUGUCAGCACAAGUAUCACCAACGAAAGGAGCACGUCCACGAGGAGAUGCGCAAAGAGGCCGAGUCCCUCAGGCAGAGGGAGGAAGAGGAGUUUGGGGAGGGACAAUGCGCGCAGUAUCAAAAGUGGCUCUGGGAUCUUCUCGAGAAGCCAACCACCUCCAUCGCCGCGAGGGUGAUAGCUGUGAUAUCAAUACUUUUUAUUGUGCUUUCGACGAUCGCACUAACUCUCAACACCAUUCCUAGUAUGCAAGUGAAUGAUGAGAAGGGGAACUUUCAAGACAAUCCGCAGCUUGCCAUGGUGGAAGCCGUGUGUAUAACAUGGUUCACCCUCGAGUACGUGCUUAGGUUCAGUGCUUCGCCGGACAAAUGGAAAUUCUUCAAAGGCGGUCUUAACGUGAUCGAUUUAUUGGCUAUACUGCCGUACUACGUAUCCCUGUUCCUGGUCGAGACAAACAAGAAUGCGACCGACCAAUUCCAAGACGUACGCAGGGUAGUCCAAAUAUUUCGUAUAAUGAGGAUCUUAAGAAUUUUGAAGUUGGCUCGACAUUCGACCGGGCUACAGAGUCUCGGCUUCACUCUACGUAACUCUUAUAAGGAGUUGGGCCUGCUGAUGCUCUUCCUGGCAAUGGGCGUCCUCAUAUUCUCUAGUCUCGCCUACUUCGCUGAGAAGGAGGAGCCCGGGACCAAAUUCAUAAGCAUUCCAGAGACCUUCUGGUGGGCAGGCAUCACGAUGACCACCGUCGGAUACGGCGACAUCUACCCCACGACCCCGCUCGGCAAGGUGAUCGGCAGUGUGUGUUGUAUAUGUGGUGUCCUGGUAAUCGCGUUACCCAUUCCCAUUAUCGUCAACAACUUCGCUGAGUUCUACAAGAAUCAGAUGAGACGGGAGAAGGCCCUUAAGAGACGGGAGGCUCUUGAGAGGGCUAAGAGAGAGGGCAGCAUCGUCUCCUUUCAUCACAUCAAUCUGAGGGAUGCUUUCGCCAAGAGCAUGGACCUUAUCGACGUCAUCGUUGAUACUGGUCACAACAUGUCCGGGGUAGAUGGUAACAGCACGGAAGGUGAAUCAGCAUGCGGACGGGGUCCUGCACAAACUGGUCCCGGUUGCUAUCGUAACUAUGAGCAUUACAGUCUCUCCCGGCAUCGUCGUAGUGCGUCGUCCUGCUUCCCGAAUCUGCCGAACGAUCUACCGACGACACCGGACAGUCCGAAUCGUCGUCUUUUGGACUUCGCACAGAGCGUACCCGGGACGCAGAACGACGAUUAUUUCCACGACGAGGUACCGGCACAGAACGCGAAUCAAGGCAAUACGACACCCAGCGAUGAAGAGAAAAAAGAGAGCAGAAAAUUCGAGAAAAUUGAUGAAAUACCUAGCGAAUUCGAGUGUUGCUUUUGUACUACGAAGGAGUACAAAGAGUUCAGAGACGCCGAGAACAUAAUGCCAUUGGCGACGAGCGACUUUCGUAAUCCCGUUUGUCAGGAGCUACGAUCUCUCAGAUCAGCUAGCGGCGGGAUAGAUCGUAUAGCGUCGAUGUUUGCUGAAACGAAGACGUCACCAUUACAACCACCGGAUAUAUCAUCUUCGACGUUCGGCAAAGUAUAUAACGAACAAGGGAGCGUUGACAGUUCAGACACUUAUGCCAGUUGUCAAACACAUCCGUCUCAUUCUCAGGGCGACCUGACCGAAGAAGCGGACAGCAACCUUUACGUUAAUCCAUUAGAAGCAGCCGAAAAGUGCGGAGGAAGUAAUAAUACUACUGGAGGAGAUAGAAGAGUGAAGAAAUCGGUAUCAGGGGAAGUUGCCCGUAAUAUCAGCGAUAUAUCUCCUACAGUCGAGUCGUUCAAGGAUCUUCGUCCUUUCAACGAACCCAGUAAGGUCGCCCUGAAUGACUCCAUACCAAAGCAUAGAAAAAUACGUAUUCAGCAAAGCGGCAGACCUCGUGCACAAUUUAUCUGCGACCAGGAUAAUAUGUCUACUCGAAUCACUGUGAAAGAGAUGGAAAACAAUAAUAAUCACUAUGGAGGACUACGUGGUGGACGACCAUUCGCGUUCGGACCGACAAAUAGCCUUGCAUCCGCAACUCGUAUAAUCAAUCAUCAUUUCUUCGGAUCGAUUAGCGGUCCUAGGCAUUACAGUACAGGCACAAACGCCGCCGCCGAAAGCAAGCUCUCAUUGUCAGCAGACUCGAUAGACAGCGAAGGUGUACCAUUCAUAGAUAAACAUCGUGUCGCUAAAUCGAUUUUGAAGAAAUCAGAAAGUAGCAACAAUUAUUACAACAAUGUCGGCGAUUCCGAUACGGAAAAAUUAAUAACCGAUAAUACGUCAAUGGGAAGUAUGUGUGAUAACGAGACACGUCCGAAACAUCAGCAACAACAGCAGCAACAACAGCAGCAGCAGCAACCGGUAUCACCACUUUUAUCGAGGCAAGUUCUCGAAUCCAUCUUCAGAACUAACAACAAUGCUGAAAGGGACUUUUCGAUUGAUCAAACCGAUGGGAAAAAUUGUAUUGCCAAGAUACCGAGAUUACUAUUCGACGAUGUCCUUGAAGAAGAGAAACAUGCACGUGAUGAAACAGUAGCAGAGAAUAAAAAUAAAGAAACUGAGGAACAUAGGCAACGUACGAAAGUGCAUACGGACGAAGCUUCGAAGGACAGUCAAACGAUGUUGAUAUGUUCAUUAAGACCAUACAAAGUUGUUAGGAAAUCCGAAGAAAAGAGAAAACCCGUAUCGAAUAAAUCGUCGACUACGAGUAGUCAUAGUUGUGCAACUUACAAAAGCUCCGACACGAAUUGUCUUCCUCAAGAGUAUCGUUUUUCAUCGUAACCGAUAUCGGUAUCAAUUCAUUCUCCUACUCUUCACGCGGAUUCUAUAUAAUUAUUGUUUUCAAUCGAGAUUUAAUCCUCUAUAACAUCAUACAUAUAUAUGUAUACAGCAUUCAAAUAGAAACAAUUUUAUAUUUAUUUUGAAAUUUUAUUUCAUAUUAUUGGCAAAGAAUUUUUAUUAAUUUUUUUAUUUUAUAUAUGUUUGAAAUUCUUUUUAUAUUUUUUAUACUUGGUAUAUACUAUAUCUCUAUAUAUAUACUAUUUCUUGUGCUAUACUUAAUAUACUACACUAUUAGUAUAUUAUAUUAAUAUAUUAUAAUACUAACAAUGAGUAUUAUUAUACUAUAUCAAAAAUAUAAAUAUAAUUAGUAUAAUAAUGAAGAUAUAUAAUAAUAUAAGAUACAAAAAAGUUUAAUUAAAUUAUGCUAAAUUAUAUCAUAAUUAUAUGCUAUACUAAAUUAUACUAUAAUUGUAUACUAUACUAAAAAGUAUAAUUAUACUUAAUAUAUUUGUAGUAUAAUAUAAUAUUAUACUUUUUAGUAUAUUUAGUGUAGUAAAGUAUAGUAUAGUUAGUAUCUUAUUAGUAUAGUAUAAAAAAGUAUAAUCAUACUUAUUGUUAGAGAGAAAGAUAAACUAAAUAUUAUAUCAAUAUAUUAUACUAAAGAAAAAUUAUUUAAGUAUAUUAUAGUAUAACAAUACCAUAAUUUUUUACUAAUAUAAAGGUAGUACUAUAAUUAUUAUUUUGAAUCCAAUAAAAAAAAAAUUGGAUAUUAUAGAGGAUUAAAUCUUUAUGAAGUUAAAUCAUUGAUCAUUUCGACAAUUUUUUAUUUUUUAUUUAUUUUUCCAUAUCAACGAUGAUAAUAAUUUAGAAAUUAGAACACAAAAAAAAACAAAAAAUAAGAGUCGAGGAAUACAAAAAGAAGUAAAUAAUUUUCCACUUUAUGGAUCGACGUGAAUUUUCAUAGCGAUUAUUCUCAAAAGGAUGAGAUGAAUACAAAUUUACUAAAAAUGAAACUAGAUCUCCUUCAAAAAAAGGAGACAAAAUCAGAAAACAAAAUUCGAAAAGAAACUAAAGAGAUUCUUGAGUCUUCAAAAAUCAUAAAGAUUGAAUUAAAAAAAAAAAAAUUAAAAAUUAAAAAAAACCAAUUUGAAUUGAAUUAAGGAACAAACUGAUAGAACUUAAAAAAUAAAUAUCUACUUGCCGUCGCUGAUUCUUCGUCAAAAUUGUAUGUCUAUGUGUAUAUAUAUAUAUAUAUAUAUAUACACAUGUAUAUACAUAUAUAUGUGUGUAUAUGUAUAUGUAUAUGUAUAUGUAUAUGUAUAUGUAUAUUAUAUAAAGUAAAUGAGAUACGCGUUUAUCAUAAAGAAGUCAAGGGCCUUUAAAAUGACCUCUAAAAUGGGAGAAGCAAUUGACUUUUACAAAAGCAAUCACAAAUCAAGUAGUGAUAAGCUCUUUACUUAUUUCAUGAUUAUCAAAGAAAUUAAGGCCCUUGUCUUCUAGGAAACGCAGUCAUGCUCUAGUUUGCAAUAGAUAAUCUUUCAAAAAGGGGAAUUGAAGGAUACCUGAAGGACGUUGUCCUCUAUCUAUAAAAAGAAAAAAAAAAAAGAAAAAAAAAAUACUUUUUACUGCAUAAAUUUAGAUUAAGAAUUAGAAAUGAAAGAUAUAUUCAUCGAUAAGAGAAGAUAAAAAAAAUACGUCGGCUGUACAUACAUAAAUUAUUCUUGAAAAGAAAAAUGAUACAAAUGUUGAUAAUAAGAAAGAGAAUAUGCAUACAUGGCAAAUGUACAAAAAAAUAAUAGAAAAUGAUAUCACAAGCAAUAUCAUGAACUUGCAUCAAUUGUUUAAAAAAUAAAAUAAGAUAAAGUAACUAAUGAAAAUUACGAGAACAUUGAUGCGAAAGAAAAUUUGGCAGAUAUUGGAAAAAAAAAGAAAUGAAAAUAAACGAAAGAAAUAAGAAAAGAAAAUUUAUAAAAAUAUUGGUAACAAAAAAGAAAUAUGGCGGACGUACAAAAAAAAAAAGAAAAGAAAGAAAAAAAAAAGAAACAAGAAAAAUGAUAUCGCAAGCAAUAGAUAUGCUAUUUUGUCUUCUCCCUUUUUUUAUUUUCCUUUUUUUAUUUUCCCCAUAUUUAUUAUUAGUAUAGAAAAAGAAAUUGAUUAAACGCCAUUAAAAAUAUAUAAUGUUUCCGGUACGGCCCAAUAAACCUUGAGUAAGUAAUCAUUAAGCUAAGUCGAGCUUUGCGUGUCGAGAUUAUGAUGUAUGCAUUAAAUAAGAAAAAGAAAAAAAAAUAAUUAGAAGGAGAAAAAAGAAGAAGAAAAAAAGAAGAGAGAAACCGACGAGAGAAAAAGCGACGAACAAAUAAAAAGAAAUAUUCACAAACCAUAAAGAUACUAACACACCGAAAUUCGUGAUUUAAAUCUAACUAGAGUCUGAAAAACAGGAAAAAGAAGAAAGAAUAUGUAAACGAGUUUAGAUCUGUUGAUCUUAACGAGCUAUAAAGAAAAAGAAAAAAAAAACGGAUAAAAAGUAAAAUAAAAAAAUAUAAUGAUCGUAUAUAUGCGAUUUAUGUGAAUUUCGAAAAAUCUCUCUCUCUCUCUCUCUCUCUCUCUUUCACUCUCUUUCUAUCUCUCUUCGUUUUAUUCGCUUACAUAAUUUUAAUUAAAAUAAAUAUUCUGAACUGAAAUAAAUUCAGUCUUUUAAUUAAUUAAUUAUUUAAUUAAAUAAUUAAUCUUUUUUUAAUUCUAUUUAACAACAAGUUUCUAAUCGUUUCAAUCGAUCGAUUGAAGCAUCAAUCGCGAUGUUACGAUUACUAUAAAAGAAAAGAAUUAAAUAAAUAUAUAAAGAAAUAAAUAAAAAAUCAGAGAGAGAGAGAGAGAGAGAGAGAGAGAGAGAGAGAGAGAGAGACAGUGUUGAACAAAAGUAAACGCGUGGAGUUAAAUUGGCGAUCUCUCAACUAUACUGCCUUACUUAAAGUUCCCAAGAAAAUGGCUGCUCCUUUUGAAAUGAUCGAUCCUCGUUAAAAAAAAGGAUAAUAGUAAUUUUCUAAAGAGCCGCACGAUAUAAUGUGAAUGAUCUAUCAUAAAUAAUAUAUAUAAAGAUAUAUAUAUAUAUGUAUAUAUAUAUAUCCCAAACAAUAUGGAAUUGUACUAUAUAAAUGAUAUAACAUACAUUUCGACGCAAGUCGUUUGACCAAAAGAAGAAAGAAAAAAAAAGGACAGAACAAAAAUAAAACAAGACAAAAUUAUUUUGAAAUUGAUCGAUGAUAGAUCAAUGAUCGAUAUUGAUCGAAUUGAUAUAUAUUUACCUGGAUCAUAUAACGUAUCGACUGCCUCGAUUGAUCACACGUUUGAAAAAUUGAUUAACUAAUGAAUAUAAAUAUAAUGAAAGGAAACUUCGACAUAUAUAUACAAUAUAUAUGUAUAUACUGGGUGUUCCAAAUAAACUGUUACGAAUUUUUAUUUUAGAAACACAUCAUGUUCGUGAAUAAGAAAAUUUAUCUGAUUUUAAAGCACAAGUAUUUUUACAUUUAUUGUCUUUUAUUUGAUGAAAGAUUUUCAGAACGUUUCAAGAUCAUUUUUUUUCUUUUUUAAUAUUUUUCUAUAAAAGCAACAUAUUCUAUUUAAAAAAAAAAAGAAAAGAAAAAGAAACGAAAGAAAAAAGUAAGUAACAAAACAAAAAAAAAUCUGAUAACAUUUGUAUGAAAUAUUUUUUUAAUUGUUAUUGCUAAAUUUUUAUAAUCGUAUAUUUCUUCAAUUUUUCGAGAUAUAUAAACAAAAUAUGUGCUUUUAAGAUAAACAUUUAAAACGUUUUGUUUAAUAUAAAUAACACCUGGUAUAUAUAAAUAAAUAAAUAGAUAUAUAUAUACAUAUAUAUAUAUAUAUAUAUAUAUAUAUAUAAAAGCCGGUUAAUUUCCGCGUUUGCUUCCGUUCAAUUCCCUUUCACUGUCGUCGUAUGAAAAUAUCAAAUCCUCGUUAACUAUAAUAAUAAUAUCGUUAGAGUAUGUAUAAAAUUGUUUAUUCGAUUAACAAUUUAACGAAUAAUAAUAGCGCGCUUAUAAUUGCACGGCUAUGAUGCGCUGCUAAUCGAACAAAAAGGAAUUAAGAAGAAGAGAAGAAAAAAAAUUAAUAAUAAUAAUUAAAUAAAUAAAUAAAUAAAUAAAUAAAUAAAUAAAAGUGUACUUCGUGCGUGCUUAAAAACGUUCAUCGUCAAAGUUGAAAGAGUAAAUGAAAAGUUUAAAAAACCGAAAAAAAAUACUAAUAAUAAUAAUAAUAAUUAAAAAAAGAAAAAGCAGUAAGAGCAAGUAAACAAACAAGCAGCAUCAAGCAAUCAGCAGCAGCAGCAGAAUAUUUAGAACGUGCUCGUAUAAUAUCGUAGAGAGACUCGAGAUAUCAUCCAUGUAUAGUAAAUUCAGAUACCGGUGUCCAGCCGUAUUAAACUAUUUCUGAUUUGGUAUAAUAAUUUAAAAAAAUAAACAAACAAACGAACGAACGAACGAACACAUAAACAAAUAAACAAAAAUUCUUUUUAAAUUAAAAUGAAGAAAGGAAAAACAAAAUUUAAUCUGAUGAUUUCAGAAAAAAAUAUUUGAAGCUCGACCUGGAUCGAAUUUGAUAAGAGAAAAAAAAUAUAUACAUAUAUAUAUAUGUAUACAUAUAUAUAUAUAUAUAUAAUAUAAAAAUGAUAAAUAAUUUGAUAUAACAUCCCUAAAAAUCAAAAGUCCAAAAAUAUUCGACUGAUCGCUCGUCACAUGUUCUUUAUUUUUGUUGUUUUCUAUUUUUACUUUCUUUUUUAUUUCUUUUUCUUUAAAAAAAAAAAAAAAAAAAAAAAAAAAAAAUUGGAGGAACACUACGAUGAUAACGAGUCGUAUCUUAUCUUGUUGACUGUAUCUCGAUCUUAUCUUUAAAAAUGAUAUUGUGAAAAUGUAUAUCGAAGCAUCAUCGACGAAGGAAGGACAUAUCUGCACAACAUCGUUUCUAUUUAUUGUUAUAGUAGAUCGUAGAGGGAACAGUUGUACAGUUGCGAAAAGAAAAACAAAGAAAAAAAAAGAAAAGAAGAAAACCAAAAAAAAAGAAAAGAAAAAAAAACAAUUAUGCCAAGAAAAAGAGUUAAUAUCUUCCCUUAUAUUUUUCAUGUGAGGGAAUCAUUGUUAUGCUGGUGGUCUAAACUCUAAAGUUCGAGCCUCGAGUAAUUUAUUAUUAUACUUUUUUUCUUCAAACUUAUCUUCUCGACAUAUUCAUACGUAUACAUGCAUAUAUAUAUAUAUAUAUGUAUAUAUAUUUAAAUUUUCUAUUUUUGUUUUAUAUUAAUAAUUAAAAAAAAAGAGAGACAUUAAUGAGUCUUUUCAUUCAACAUUCUAAUUUUUUGAUAUAUCUCUUUAUAUAUAUAUAUCUAUAAUUUUUGAAUAAUGUUUUAUAAUAGAUCUAUAAUAUAUUUUUAUAUUUUAAUAAUAUUUUAUAAUUAUCUAAUAAUUUAUGUAUAUAAAAUUAUAGAUUUAAUUUCUUUAAAUUAUAAUUUAUAUAUGUAACAUUUUAUAUAUAAAUUUAUGUACAUAUUAAAAAUAAUAUAUACAUAUAUAUAUUAAAUAUUGAAUUAAAAAAAUUAGCAGAUCAAUAUCUUUUUAAAUUAUUAUAUAUCUGUAUAUGUAUGAAGGUAUAUGUAUGUAUGUAUGUAUGUAUACGUUGAAAAACAAUUUUCACAUCGAGUCGACACUGGCAUCGGAAUAUACAAGGUUGCUAAAAUCGCGUGAAAAGGAAAGAUACAUGUAAUAAUAUUUCCAUAGUAAAGAUAAAAAUCUUCCUCCCCUGUCCCCUUUCCUUUUUCGCGAAUGAUCUCGAUCGUUUUCGUACCUGUUAUAUUCAAAGUUAGAUCUCAAUACCUUGUCCCGCUUAAGAUUUUUAAUGAAAAGAAAGAAAAAAUAAUAAUAAUACUAAUAGAUAAAAAUAAAUAAAUAAACAAAUAAAAAUAAGUCAGAAAGCGGAUCAAUGUCUUCUGUAAGCUAUUGUAGUUAAAAGUAGAAAGUUCCUAGAGAGUGUACAGUCGGUUAUUAUUAUUAUUAUUAUUAUUAUUAUUAUUAUUAUUAUUAUUAUUAUUAUUAUCAAUAUUAAUAUUAUUAUUAUUAUUAUUAUUAUUAUUAUUAUUAUUAUUAUUAUUAUUAUCAUGACAAUUAUUGUUAUAUUAUCUAUUAUUUAUUAAUUAAUGAUAAUUAAAAUAUUAGUCCACCUAGCGGUGUAAUAGUACAAAGAAAAGCCACGUCGUAGACGUAUCGUGACAUAUGGAUAUGAGGAAGCUGAUUAGUUGAUUAGAUAGUGAAGAAAUACUGAUGUCUCUUUUUGGCACAUUUAUUUUUAUUAUAGCAAACGAGCAAACAGAAAGUCUUAAAAAAAGUAUAAUUGUUCUACGUUCAAUCGUUAAUCCGAAAAAAAAGCUAUUAACUUUUAUUACAACUUUCUCUAAUCUUUAUUUUAUUCUAAUAUCAAACCUUUCAUUUAACAUAUUAAUUUUUUUGAUAUAUGAUGAAAAGACAUUUGCAUGAUACAUCGAAGUAUUUCAUACACUACCUGAUCAAACCAAGUUGAUCGAUCAUAUAAAAUGAUUAUUUUCUUGGUCUUGCAAGGCCUACUCUUCUGUAAUUGUAAGAUUCAAUAGUAUGUGAAAAAAAAAAAUAAAACUGCAAGAAAAAGAUAAAA